AUGUUUCGUCCGUCGUCGAAGUUGCAAACGCGAGUCAAGAACAAAAUGCGCAAAAAAUGGCGACUGUUUCACGCUACGGAUUUUCAAUCACUGAUGUUUCCCUGCUUCAUCAUCUGCCGUAUCCUCGGGAUAUUCCCGUACAGUAUCAACGGCUCGAAUUUCCAGGCUUCCAAAUGGCGCUGUAUCCUGGCGUCCAUCAAUAUCGUCAUUUUAUGCGUUAACGUAGCAGAAAUAUUGUACGAGAUGAACAUCACCAAAAGGAUUAACUUUGCGAAUCCAGCCAGGAUAUUUCAAAAUAACUGCUAUUAUCUUUCUGGUGGUUUCAUAGCGAUUAUCACAUACAUUCUGAGCGGUCCGCGAAUGCGCUUACUGCAGACUGUGAUGGAAGUCUCCUCAAGACUGCCGCCAGAAUCGUAUCAGAAAAUAGCCAAGUUCAUCCACGCCAAAGAUAUCAUCUUCUUUCUGUUUCUAAUUGGGCAAAUGUGUCAGUAUCAUUAUGGCAGUGUUUUCGACGUUCUGUACUAUUUUAUCGGACUGUACAUUACACUAGUAGUGUCUUAUAUGGACAUACUGUACAUGAAUUGUGUUUGCGUGCUGAAAGCCUGUUUUGAGAGGAUCAACGACAAUCUGGCGAGUCUGCGGAAGAUUGCGAUGAACGAUGAGCCGCAUUUUCUUGAGCAGAAUCAUUACAAUCAGAGAAAUCCGUUUCUACUGAUGGAGCUCAAGGCCCUGAAAAAGCAGCAUCUAAUAGUCAGCGACGUUGUGCAGAAGCUAAACAUAAUUUUCAGCCUGCAGCUUCUCGCCACCAUGGUCAUAAAUUUUACCCAGCUCACUUUUAGCAUGUAUUUCGUAGCAGAAUAUGUGUUCAAAAAGUACUAUUUCGGCCAGGAGAAAUCAGUUUUAGAUAUAUAUUUAUUAAUAUUCAUAUUGUUUCAUUCGAUAAGAAUGGUGAUGGUGGUUUGGUCCUGCGAGACGGGCAAGAAACGAGCUAUGGAAAUCACUACCACCGUGCACGACGUGCUCGUCAGCGCCAACGACAAGGAAGUAAAAAACGAGUUACAAUUGUUUUCUCUGCAAAUACUGCAUCGCGAUAAUACAUUUUCCGCAAAGGGUCUUACUGUGGACGCGACGCUUCUCACUGCGAUUGUGGGCAGCAUCACAACUUAUCUGUUAAUCUUGGUACAGUUCAUGAAUGCGGCGUCUAUUUGCGAUAAACUGCCAUCAGGCAACGCUACGUCAAGUAUUUAA